CCGGUGUGGAGGGCCCAGCAAGGCCAACUCCAGGGAUUCCUUCCACGACAGAAAAAUAUACAAGACUCCUUCAGCCAACAUGAUGGUACUGAAAGUAGAGGAACUGGUCACUGGGAAGAAGAAUGGCAAUGGGGAGGCAGGGGAAUUCCUUCCUGAGGAUUUCAGAGAUGGAGAGUAUGAAGCUGCUGUUACUUUAGAGAAGCAGGAGGAUCUGAAGACACUUCUAGCCCACCCUGUGACCCUGGGGGAGCAACAGUGGAAAAGCGAGAAACAACGAGAGGCAGAGCUCAAAAAGAAAAAACUAGAACAAAGAUCAAAGCUUGAAAAUUUAGAAGACCUUGAAAUAAUCAUUCAACUGAAGAAAAGGAAAAAAUACAGGAAAACUAAAGUUCCAGUUGUAAAGGAACCAGAACCUGAAAUCAUUACGGAACCUGUGGAUGUGCCUACAUUUCUGAAGGCUGCUCUGGAGAAUAAACUGCCAGUAGUAGAAAAAUUCUUGUCAGACAAGAACAAUCCAGAUGUUUGUGAUGAGUAUAAACGGACAGCUCUUCAUAGAGCAUGCUUGGAAGGACAUUUGGCAAUUGUGGAGAAGUUAAUGGAAGCUGGAGCCCAGAUCGAAUUCCGUGAUAUGCUUGAAUCCACAGCCAUCCACUGGGCAAGCCGUGGAGGAAACCUGGAUGUUUUAAAAUUGUUGCUGAAUAAAGGAGCAAAAAUUAGCGCCCGAGAUAAGUUGCUCAGCACAGCGCUGCAUGUGGCGGUGAGGACUGGCCACUAUGAGUGCGCGGAGCAUCUUAUCGCCUGUGAGGCAGACCUCAACGCCAAAGACAGAGAAGGAGAUACCCCGUUGCAUGACGCGGUGAGACUGAACCGCUAUAAGAUGAUCCGACUCCUGAUUAUGUAUGGCGCGGAUCUCAACAUCAAGAACUGUGCUGGGAAGACGCCGAUGGAUCUGGUGCUACACUGGCAGAAUGGAACCAAAGCAAUAUUCGACAGCCUCAAAGAGAACUCCUACAAGACCUCUCGCAUAGCUACAUUCUGAGGCAAACGACAGACUCUUAAUCAGUAAAUGUUCACUGGCAUUUUGAAGGCAUGGCCCAAGAGAAGAGACACUAGCCAUAAAAUCUAGUUUCUAUUUAUCAACGUGUUGUGAAGAUGUACCUAAUGAAGUUUUGAGAAAGCACAGGGUUAUAGGUGUUUAAAUUUCCUUUAGUGAAACUCUUAUUUAUUUUUAUGUAUUCCUGUUUAUUUAUUUACUGCCACGCUACUGAUAUUCAGACCUUCAUGAUCAUCCAUUUGGUGAGCAGAGCUUCAUUUGUAUAUAACACUUUCAGAGCCUUCCCACCCAUAGGUAGUUCUUAAACCAGGUGAAAGAACUGAUUAUCACAGCCCUCUUUCCUCCUGAAUUUUUAAUGCAAAGUUUGAAUGAAGCAAGGGAAAGCAUGUAGGGACAGGAAACAAUGGAAGGAAAGUGAUUCUGUGAAAAGGACAGUGAAGCCAGCUAUUUUACCCCCAGGCUGGAUUUUUUUUUUUUUUUUUACCGAGUACACAGAGUACCCAAGUGAAGAGAACGUCAUGAGUGUAAGUGCAAGUCAGUGGAAGGAGCGGCAAACUGGGACAUGCAGAAUUGAAUUUGCUCAAAAAAGAUGAAAGGAAAUGCAAACUGUAAAUGUAUAAAUGUAUAUUGUAUUGUAUGUACAUUUUAUAUUCAUAAUAAAGGCAAUCAAACUCUAAA